UCGAUUAUAUCAAAUUCCCUGUUUCACUGGUACUUAAGUUACUGACCCCGCAAGGAUGAAAGACCAAGUCAAACCCGGUGGAAUUUGAGGUUGACUUUAUAAUAAGAAUAAAAAAACCGCUGUAAACCUAAGAAUACCUGGUUCUCUUAAAUCGCUUUCAAAAUCGAAAUAUUACAAAUUUAACAGAAUCUUAGUUGUCAGACGAUAGUCUCCUUUCCUAACAAUAUUUAAUCGCUUCCUUACAAUAUAUUACUGCUAAUCAUAAACUGCAUCCAUAGUAAAAAGUCCAGCUUGUUUGCUCCUAGGAACAGUUUGUUCCUACGAGCAAUAACAAAGUAAACAGCAAUAUAGAUAACUCAUAAAGUUUCAGAAAAUAUGUUUGCAAGAAAGAAGUUUUACUUUUCCUCAAUCUUUGGACAAUUGUGCUUUGUUAUUUUCCUGGCUCAGAUAAUAAAGACCGAAUGUGUAGGACAUGCGAGAAGUGGAGUCAGUAAUGUGAGUGGAAAUGGAGAGAAAGACCUCGAAACUUGGCUUGGGGUGCCAGAAAUGAAGUUACCCGGGGUCCAUGAGAAAACGGCACAGGAAUCCGCUAUGUUUGUGAGACGGAGCCUCAACAACGUAGAUGAUGUCUACAAAUUGAACAACCAAAGGCACAACAAACUUCCAUACACCCUCACGAUGGACUUGUUAACGCAGUACUAUGACUGCAUAAAAAGAACCCACACACGAGGAAGAUCUGUCUAUCAAACCUACAUCACAAAGCCUGGCCAAAGAGUAUUAUUGAAAUGUCACCAAUGUUUUAAACCAGGGACCACAACUGAAAUGAAGACAAGAGUGACCUGGCAACAUCUCCAGGAGAAAGGAACAGUACUUUCUCACAUCCAAUCCAAUGGAAACUACAAAAUAACUCCAAAGCGGGACUUAAUCAUCAAAGCAAUUAACAGUGAUCUGGAUGGUUAUUAUUACUGCAUCAAAAGAAAUCAAUAUGAAGCCAUCCACCAUCUAACAACAGUGACAAGCGUCCAAUUCCAUGCGGUUAUCGAGAACACUACAAAAAGCCUUCUAACAAUGAAACACCUAACAAGUAACAAUUUGAAAAUAUUCAGUACCUGGUCAAACUGGAGCAAAUGCAGUGAGUGUGGGAAAGAAGGAUUUCGGAGAAAAAUUGGUCUUUGCUCAAUAAAGAAACUUAAUAAGAGUGCUCCAGUAAGGCCAGUCGACAUCUACAUAUUUUAUUACUUUAAUGGAAGUUUAUCUUGUCAGUCAACUGCCUUGCCUGAGCAGAUACGGGAACUCCCAGCAAUCAAGUCACGCCCCAACGAAGUAUUUUACAACAAGUGUAAGGUGGCAUGCCCUAAGAAAGCAGCCAGUACAAUCAUUAAAGACCAGUCAGGAAAGGUGGUAGAAGUCGUGAAUGCAGGCUACUUGUCGCUCCAUCAAAAACGGAAACUGGCCCGCCCUGUAAUACGUGACGUGAUCUACACAACGAAGGGCAGUGACGUCAUAAUUAGAUGUCGCACAGAUGAGGAUAUUAUCCGAUGGCAGAAUAGGUCAGCACCACUGAAACAUUUCCUAGAGAGCCGCAAAACGAGAGGACGGGUGUUUAUUGACGUCACUAAUUCACUUCACAUCAGAAAUACUCAGUUCACAGACACUUCGAUAUACAGUUGCUGGAAAGAGACUCUCCUGCUGCAGACAACAAAACUGGUUGUGACAGAACCGAUGCCAGAUAGUGCAGAUCCGUAUAUCAUCUAUUCUCUGUGUGGAAUUACCAUCUUCGGGUUGCUAAUGACCACCUGUUGUAUGUACAGUGGUAGGCACAGAAAAAUGGCCCGUUAACACGGUAAACAUAACACCACUUGCUAAUA